AUGGCGUUCUCCAAAUCCCUGGCCUUCUGUCUUUUCGCCCUUCUCUUGGUGGUGAUUGUGGAACAAAGCAGUGCCCAAUACUACGGAGGCUACGGUUAUGGUGGCUAUGGGUACCCCGGAUAUGGCGGAUACGGCUACGGAUACCCUGGAUACGCUGGCUACGGAUACUACGGAAAGAGAGCUGCUGGAUUCGGGCCGGAAAGUGUGAGCAAUUGA